CCGGCCCCCCUUUCAUUCGCGCCGGCCGGCGCUAUGGCCCGCCCCCGGCCCGCCCCCCGCCGGCACCCUGGUUGUUUCUCUUCUCCUUCCGCCGGCCCCUAUUCUAUUGCGCCCGCCUUUGGCGCGGCAGGCACGCAAGCACCCACAGCACACCGCCCUGCGGGCUGAACAGAACCGGCCCCGGCGCGCCGGCCGGCUUGGGAUCGGGCGCAGCAGUCUGUGGGCGCAGCUGGAAGGCCGCCGCGCCGCUGCCCCUUGUUCUUGCUACCGGGCUGCUAGUGCCGGGGGCUGGUGCUGUCUAGUAACGUAGUGCCGCCUUGCCGUAGCUGGGCCGGUAGCCUGCAAGGCCAGUUGCAUUUUCAAGAUUCGGCGCGAAAGAGCCGGCUCGGCUCGAUUUGAUUGCGUGUCAGCAUGUCUGGGG